UGAACAACCUUGCCAUUUGGCAUAGAGGAGCAAAGAAGAUCGAGUCAGGAGAGGAGCAGGGAACUGAAAGCAGCCUAGCUUUAGAAGAUAGAGCCUGUGCAGACAGGAGGACGGUCUAACAGAGAGGGGAAGAGAUAGACUCAACCCCGAAAGGAGGAGCUGCUGUCCCGGGGCUGGUCCCUGCGCUACAGCGGCUCUCUCUCUGUGUGUUUGCAUCGUUUCUCAUGCCGUGAUGAAGUCUCGGGGGGAGGCUGUGGGCUGGAGAGAAGUUCGAGGACUCUGCCGAGGUUUCUGGUCCCCCUGCGAGGCGCUGGCUGCCUGCUGGAGAGGGGGAUUCAUCUGAAGACCACACACACACACACACACACUCGCUGGCUGAGUGUUCAUUUUGUCGGACAGGCAAAAGAAGAACUUUUUCUUAUUUCUGUACUUCUCCAGACCACUGCAAAAGGACCGCCAAGAUGAGUCGAUGGCUCAAAUGCACCUCCAUGUACUUUGUAGAACACAGACUGGAAUAAGUAUGAUGACAGGCUGAUGAAGGCAGUGGAGAGGAGAGAGGUGGACAAGGUUGCAGCAGUGCUUGGCAAGAAGGGCAUCAUCCCUACCAAACUCGAUGUAGAGGGCCGCUCUGCGUUCCAUCUUGCUGUCUCCAGAGGACAUCUCGACUGCCUGAGUCUCAUUCUCAAUCAUGGUGUGGAUGUCACAGCCACGGAUGCCACAGGAAAAAAUGCCUUACACCUGGCAGCCAGAAAUGCCCAGUCAUUGUGCGUGCAGAAACUACUCCAGCACAAUUGCCCUGUGGGAAAUGUGGACCUGCAGGGAAGGACAGCCUUGCAUGAUGCUGUUAUGGCCGGCUGCUCCUCCAGCGUGAAGCUGCUAUGUGACAGCGGGGCAUCAGUUAAUGCCAGCGACUUUGAUGGUCGGACCCCAUUAGUGCUUGCCACUCAAAUGUGUCAUCCACACAUCUGUCAGCUGCUGUUAGAACGAGGAAGUGACAUCACAGUCAGAGACAAACAGAAUAAAACAGCGUUGAUUCUGGGCUGUGAAUAUGCGUGUAAGGAUGCUGUGGACGUUUUGUUGAAAAAUGGAGCUGAUGUCACUGCUGUGGAUGGUUACGGCCACGACAGUUAUCACUAUACUAGACUCAGCAAAAACCAGGAGCUUGUCUCUCUUGUCAAGAGUUACCUGGACAGUGCCACAAAAGCAAAAGAAGCUGCCAAGAUGGAACAGAAAAAGAGACAGUUGCAGUCUGUGGAGAUGGUCUCUGAAACCUCUAACCAUGAGAAGAUCAUACAGGACCUGGAGAAAAAGAAUGAGAGCCAACAGGAAUCUCUAAAGAAGUUCCACCAGGAACAGAGGACGCUGCUUGACAAAGUUAACAUGCUUCAGCAACAACUCAGCCAGGAAAAGUCAACAGUGGAGGACAUUCACAAGGAGAGAGAGCAGCUGAAGCAUUUACUUUCUGCCAAAGAGAAAGAAGAAGGAGCCCGGGCCAUAGAGACUGUGAGAGUCCAGCAGCGGAGCCAUUUGGGAGAUUACCCUGGCCAGUCCGUGAUCAAAGGAAAAGACAAUGUACUAGUUCGACAGUCACACAGCUUGGACUCUGCUCAGAUCUUGCCGUCUACAGGACCAUCUCGAUCUGUGGCUCGACCUUUGGAGCUGUCUCGGCCGGUGCCUGGUGAUCCUGAGUCACCUCGACAAGAGCUUGAAUGUGUCCGCCGACAACAAGAUGCUGCACAAGAGGAGGUUGGCCGCCUCCAAAAGGCUCUAGCAUGCAGGUCCCAGGAGUGCGAGGAGCUGACCAGGAAGUGUGAGGCCAUCAAACAUGAGUCGGACCAGCAGGUACAUGAGCUGGAGGAAGCCAUGGGAGAUGUGCAGAAGCGAAUGAUAGAUUCUGAGGCAAAGGUGAAACAGCUUCAGGCUCAUGUGGUGGCAGUAAAGGAUCAUCUCAAUAACCAAGUUGUUGAUGACCUCAAAGCACAGCUCAAUGAGAUGAAGGCAAAAUACGAGGGAGCUUCUACCGAGGUUGGACGGGUCAGGAACCAUUUGAAGCAGAGUGAAAAAGCAUUGGAGGAGUAUAAAAAAAGUGAAGGACUUCUGGCUGUGGAGGUUGAGAGGCUCACUGCAGAGCUAAGCGCAAUGCAAGAGGACCAUAAAGUCAUGGAGGAGACGCUCUUAAACAUGGAGGGUCAAGUGAAGACUACAGAGGUCAGGUUGACGUCAAUGGUUCCCGGAGAGAAGUUUGACAACAUGAAGAACCUCUUCACCAAUGCUGUGGAUGAGAAGGAGCUGCAGUUGGCUGAGUUAAGGGAAGAUUAUGACCGUGUGCUGGAGGAAGUGGCAGAGCUCCACCGUGUGAUGGACGACCGACAAACUGUCCCCUUGCAAGAGCAUGAGCGAGUCCGGGCUGCUCUUGAGGAGCAAAGCUCAACCCUGAAGAAGAAACUUGCUGAUGUCACUGUAAAGUGUCAGUCAUUAAUAUGUGAAGUUGAGGAGGGUGAAGAUGAGAGAGAACUGCUCAGAGAGGAGCUGCAGGAACUCGGCAACAAUCUGAAGACCAAGUUUGUGACCUUAGAAAACCAUGAGGAGGUGAAGAGGUCUAUGGGACUCGCUGUGGAGGAGUUGAGGAUUAGGUUAACAGAGGAGACGGAGAGGAGAAAGCAUGCUGAGGAGAAGCUACAGAGGCUGCACGAGGAGAAGACCUCUCUCUGUGAGAACAUUACCAACCUGAAGAGCACGUACAUCCCCUGUGAACGUUAUGAGAGCGAGAUAGCUGCACUCACAGAACGCAACACAGAUCUGGAAGGAGAUCUUAAUAACCUUCAAGAUCAGUACCAGGAGAAAGUCAAUGAAAUUGAGAUUUUGGCAGCUGAAAAAGCAACUCUGAAGCAGAACUUUGACAUUGAGUUUGUAACAAAGAAGGAGUAUGAGAGUGUGCAGAUGGUGUUAGAUGAGGCUUUGGAGAAAGCUAAGAUUGAAAUCGCAAAGUUGGAGGGUUAUUGUAGACUUCGGGAUGAGGAGUUACAGAAGGCGAAAGAAGGAAAUGCUAGGUUGAAAGAAGAGUUUGAGAAUGUGCAGGCCAAGUUAGCAAAUGACUAUAUCAGCCUUGUGGAACAUGAGAUAUUCAAAAGCACAAUGAGCAAAGCGUUAUCAGAAGCAGAGGGACGAGCUAGAGAUGCCUACUCAAAGUACCAGUGUGCUCAAGAGAGCGCAUCAAAACUACAUGAGGAAAUUGAAGCACAGAAGAAAGAGUUGGAUACUAUUCAAGAGGCAUUGGAGUUGAAGUUUGUGCCAUUGACUGCUAUGGAGGAAAAAGAGAUGCAUUUCAACACCACUUUGAAGGACUUAGCAGAUAAACUUGCUGAAAUGCAGGGGAUGUACAAUGACGAAAAGACCAAAGGGGAAAGCCAAAGGCUAGAGAAUGAAAAAUUGAAAGAAGAGAUGGUGCCUCUGCAGCAAAAACUUGAGAUGGGGCUUGUGUCCCGCGAGAAGUACAAAGAAGUGGAGGACCGCUGCAAGAGCCAGGGGGAGGAGCUGAGUCUAAAGUUGGUGGAGCUGGAGCAGCAAUAUAAAGAGGUUACGAUCCAGAGAGCUGAACUAGAGGAGCAAAACGCCUUGUGCAACUCUGAGAUCCAGAGUCUCCAGAAGAAACUGAACAGUGAGUAUAUCCAUCUGGAUCAGUUUGAGGCCAUGCAGAGCUCUCUGAGUGGGAGCCUGCAGGAGGCGCAAAAGGAGUGCAAGUGCUUACAGGAAGCUCAUAAACUGGAAGUCCAGCGUGUUCAUGAACUAGAGAAACAACUCCAGAGUCAGAGCUGUGAUGAGAUCCAGUAUAGCCAGGUUAAAGAGGCUCUUGAGCGUGAGGUCAACAAGCUUCGCUUGGCACUGCAGGAUGAGGAAGAAACCAGCGCGCAGAGGGCUGAGGAUGUAGCCACUCUACAGACUGAGCUCCUCAGAGCCACACACGCUCUCGAUGACCUCCGCAGCUAUGAAGAACAGGUGACCGAGCUCAGAGCUGAAAAGCACAAGCUUGAGGAGAAGGUGUGUGAACUUGGCGACCGGCUGUCAGGACUGGAUGAGCAAUAUGAGGAUCUGUACAGGGAAACAACCCAGGCCAGGGAGGGUGAAAAGAGGGCGAGAGCUGAAACCGAGGCCCUGCAGAUAAAAAGUGCCUCCAUUGAAAAGGAGAUCAGAGAUCUGAAAGAGAGAUAUGAGGAAUCGCUCCGCACCAUUGGAGAACUACAGAAGAGGAUUCAAGCGUCCUCAGAGCAGACUGAGCUUAAAGACAAAAGGAUUACAGAACUGUUGGCAGAUGUUGAAAGGCUGAAACAGGCUCUGAAUGGCUUAUCCCAGCUGGCUUAUGCUGGCAACACUCCCAACAAGAGACAGACUCAACACAUUGACACACUCCAAGCCCAGGUCAAGAGCCUCCAGCAGCAGCUGGCUGAUGCUGAGAGGCAACAUAGAGAAGUUGUAUCAAUUUAUCGAACUCAUCUUCUCAGUGCAGCACAGGGUCACAUGGAUGAAGAUGUCCAAGCUGCCUUACUGCAGAUCAUUCGAAUGAGACAAGGUUUUGUGUGUUGAAGUCAACACACCGAGACCACACUGACUCCAAUUCAUCAUUCACACAGUAACCUCCCAUUCAGCUCAGUGCAGUUUUAUACUGUUCUGGAGCACUUCACUCAAAAAGUCAAGUUUUGUAAUGUUUGAUAUGUUCUGAUUAGGUUCGGUGUUGUACGUUCUAACUGUAUGAAAUAUAGUAUCUGUAAU